AUGGGGCGCAUCGAGUGGGCCAUGUGGGCGAACGAGCAGGCGCUGGCCGCCGGGCUGAUUUUAGUGACCGGUGGUAUCGUGGCUGUUUCAGGCCAAUUCAAAAGGUGGGAGAUUGCAGUUUAUGCAAUAGUGGCGGGAGUGUUUGUUUGCUUUUUGGAGUAUCCCCGAGGAAAAAGGAAAAAGGGAUCUACUCUAGAGAGAUGUGGCCAGAAGUAUUUGACAGCUGCUGUGAAGACCUGUGGACCUCUAACUAGGAAUUAUUAUGUCCGGGCCGUUCUCCACGCAUGUCUAGCCGUUCCUGCAGGAUAUUUGCUGGCCACCAUCCUUGGCACCGUUUGCCUGGCCAUAGCAAGUGGCAUCUACUUAUUGGCUGCCAUUCGUGGCGAAGAGUGGCGCCCCAUUGAAGCGAAGCCUCAAGAGCAGCUCCAGGUGGGAGGCACCAUCAAGCACCCCCCCAGCAACCCACCCCCCCGGCCCCCUGCAGAAGCCCGGAAGAAGCAAAGGGAGGGAGAGCAAACUGGCCAAGACAAUCCUAUUGAAGUGGUUCCUUAGGAAUCUCUCCCAUCAGAUAGACUGCAGUCGGAGGGGGAGGCUCCACUUCUGCUUGACCAAGGCAUGGGUGACACCCUCCAGGAUUGAAACUCGGGUCAGAUCUUUCUCAAGCAGAAAGAUGUGGCUGUACCUGAAUUCCUGCAAGCCCCUGGGGGGGGCUUCUUUGGUCUUUCUCUUGUCUUUCCUUCCUCCCCCCCCCUGCUGACCCCCACUGUAUGCUUCAGACAGGCAGGGCUUGCAGGCCAGUUAUUGCCAAUAACUGAUGCUGAUUGUAAGCCCGAAGGAAGGCAAAGUUGUAAAUUAGUUUUAGAUAGGUGUCUUUAUACAGUUAUAAACUUUUCUGAGGCUGGAUUCAAAUUUGAAAAGAUUUAAAGAAAAGGUUUAACAUUUGAAAUAUUGAAAUAAAAAGGGAUCCCAAAGCUUCCUGGAUCACAUCAGACCUGGCCACACCAGCAAAGCUCUUGGCUUCAUUUCUUCCCCUUAGAAGGGAACAAGUUGCUCCUAUUUGAGGCAAAAGACCCCUUCCGUCUCCCCACCCUCUGCUCCUUCUCUCUUUCUCUUCUUUCCUCCCAAUCCAACAUAUUUUGCCCCCAUGUUGACCCACAAGAGAGCAGGACUUUUGCACCCACCCUUCUCAGGGGUCUUGCCAGGCCCCCCCAUGACUUCUGUCCCCUUUCCCCAAAGUUUUUGCCCAAAACUCUGCUGAAACUCGCACCCACUGCUUCCCCUCGGCUGCUGCUCCUAUUCUGCCUUUAAGUCAUUCCUACUUCUUUUUCCCCAUCUCAUUUCAACUCUGAUCAAGUCUGGCUUGUCUCCUUUUCAAAGGGAGCCAAAGAGACCCUGUCUCUACAAAUCAUGUAUACAUGGUGUUUUAGUCAAAUAUUCCCAGAAGCAUCAUUUUUUUAAUUGAAUGGAUUAAUCUUACCAUUCCUUCCAUGUUUAUUGUAUUUUAUCUGGCCUUCCAAUGCUUUAUUAAAUUCCUCAUUUUAACGUAUGAAGUCUAAUCCCCUCCCCCCCGUGCUUAUUUUUAACUAGUUCAAUAAACAAACAUCAGUUUUGAGAAC